GACCCGCCUCUCGGGGCUCGCGCCGGCCGGGGGCGGAUGUAACCGCAGCGCUCGCUCCCGCGCCGCCAUUUUGUCGCUCCCGCCGCCGGCCGCCCCGACCCCUCAGGAUGGCGCCCAGACCCCGCGGCUCAACGCGCCGCCCUGCCGCCCCGCACCCCCGGCAGCGCCGCCGACAUUGCUGAGGACCCUCUCGCACCGCUCAUGGAGCCGAGCGGCCGGCAGCGGCCCAGCCCAGCCCUGGCGCCGGCUCAGCCCGGCUCGCUGCUCGGCUUCCCCUUCACUUGGCCUAAGCUGCCCGGGCCCGGCGCGGCCCAGCCCUCCGCCUCCCCCCCGGCCCCGCCGCAGCCCAGCCCGCCGUUCUCCUGGCUGCGGCUGCUCUCUCAGCUCCUCUCCCCGCUGCCCGCACUGUUACAGCGGCUGCGGCCCGGUCCGGCGCUGAGCAGCGCGCUGUGCCCCGCGGGGCCCUCGGCUCCGCCGCCCCCUCUGCUGCUGCUGCCCGAACCGCCCGCUGCGCUGCGAUGGGCCGAGGACAAGAAGGGACCGGAGGGCCCGGAGCCCGCGCGGGGGCUGUGGGGAGCGGGGCUGGCCGUGCCUCACGUGGGGUCCCUUUCCUUCGUGCUGGGAGCCAGCGGCCCGGCCUGCCGCUCCGCCAACAGCCAUCUGCCGCAGCCGCUGAGCGCCGAGGCGUGGGGAGGGCCCGGCCGGCUGCUUGAGGUGGAACUGCUCCGCAGCAAACGGCUGGACUUCCUCCAGCUGCGGGGCCUGGCCGUGCCCGAGCCGGACCACGGUUACCACAGCCUGGAGGAGGAGCAGCAGCACAGGGGAACCCCGCGGGGGGACUGCGGGCAGCAUGGGGAGCAGCACGGAGCCUGGAGGCAGCCUGACGAGCUGGAGGGAUCCCGGAGUUCGGCUGAGAAGGGAGAAGUGCAGGAGGAGCUUUGUGCUGCGGUGGACGAUGAGGGCUCUGAAACGGAGAGAAGCCUGUUUGUGUCGGCCAGGCCUGCCUGUGCUAAUAAGUUAAUAGACUACAUCCUGGGGGGAACCUCCAGUGGGGAGGAGAGUGCGGAUGAUGAGGAAGACUGGGAUGAUGAUGAUGAUGAUGGGUUUGACAGCGAGGGGCUGCUCUCAGAUUCAGAUGACAGCAGCCAGAACGGGGAGAGGUUGCAUCUCUGGAAUUCCUUCUUCAGCCUGGAUCCUUACAACCUUCAGAACUUUACAGCAACCAUUCAGACAUCUUCCAGCGAACCGGGGAAGGAUAUGCCCUGUGCGGCCAAUGUGGGAGAGGAGGAGGAGGAGGAGGAGGAUUCUUCAUGGGCUGAGUCGUCUUCAGGCUCUCCUCACCCCAGUUCGGAAGAUGAGGACGAAUGGGAUUGUAGCAGCGUGGACGAGGCAGAAAACUUGAAACUUUGGAACUCAUUCUGUACCUCAGAUGAUCCUUAUAACCCUUUAAAUUUCAAGGCACCCUUUCAAACAGCGGAGAAAAGAGGGAAGCCCAGCUUCAAAGGAACAGAGGGGCUGAGUUUGGUCACUUCUGAGCAUAGUCGCUUAACUGUCUGUCGGGUACAGCUGGAAAAGCAUAACUGUGGGGUCACAGACUUGGUGCAGCAUGGCAUUCUUUCUGGUGAAAAAUGUAGAAGUACCAAGAGGAAAAAGGUGACCUUCCUUGAAAAAGUUACAGAGUAUUAUGUGAGCAGUGAGGAGGAUCGUAAAGGACCCUGGGAAGAGCUGGCACGAGAUGGCUGCAGGUUCCAGAAACGCAUCCAAGAAACAGAAGAAGCCAUAGGUUACUGCUUCACCACUGAGCAUAGACAGAGAGUUUUUCAUAGACUCCAAGAAACCGACCACAAGGGGGAUGAUCUCUUCUAGCACCUUAACGCAUUUGGUGGUUGUGACCCUGAGCACUCACGAACAUCUUCCAAACAAGAGUUGGCAGCUGUGUGUGCUGUUUUGAAAUGGGGAGAAAAGUGGGAUUUGAACUCCUUUCCCUAGUUUAAUAUUCAGCCAACAAACACACCUGUGUGUGUUUGUCCCAUUUUGAUAUCCAGACAAAACCUUUUGAGUAUCCUUCAGGCUGAGGGUGGUAUAAUUGUGUUCCCCUUAAGCAACACCUGAGAAACGGACUGCUUUAGGUUAAAUCCAUUCCAAAAAAUGCCUUGUCUGCCAUAUGUUGAGAAGUGGUGGCUGUUAAGUUGGAAUUUUGCACUUUGAAAAAGCAAAACAUAUUUUGAAGGAAAUAUUUAUGGGGUUCAGAACCUCUUUAUUGCAGUUUUGAUUUAAAGUUUGUGUUGGCACGUGCUGUUUUUGUGUGGUUCUUCAUUUUUUUUUCCCUAAGUCUCCAAUUUUGUUAGCUGAUAAUGUUAACUUUGCAAAGCAGGGAGUGUUCUCCUUCCUUUUAAGGUCCCAGUUUUGCGUGUGUCUGAUGGAUUGUGUGGCACUGUGAUGUGUUAAUAUUUCAGUCUAUGACACUGAGGGAUUCAGGGGAGCUCUGGUGCACUGCACACCCUUUGGGUUGUCUCUAUUUAUGUAAUACCUUUACCCAGCCCUGUUCCAAAGGGUGUUGCCUACUUGUGAACCACCUCUUUGCUUUCAGGGCAAUGAAAGGCCUCAUUGUGAUCAAUAACUGAAGCUUCAGUGCAUAGCAAAGCUGAGGCAGAUGCUCUGAGUUUAGGUAGCUGUGCAUGGGGCGCUGCACCAUAGUUCUUCAGAUCAUCUUGGAGCAACUUCAUUGCAAUGGAUUCUGCUUGUUGAAGAUGGAUUGAAGUGGAGUGUUCUUCAUUUUUCUUUUAUCUGGUCCUUGCAAGGAGAAAUCAUCUUCAGCUUCUGGAAAUCUAACACUAGGGAUGCUGUGUUCUUUACCAAAAGCAGUAUUAAUACCUCUGUGCAUCUUUACCUUUGUUCAACUGGUAUCCAAACAGCAUUUCGUGUCUGGGAUCUCACUCUUGAGGUCCUCAGUGGAAGGAAAGCCCUCAUUAUUGGUGCUCCUAACUUUAAGUGUUUCACUGCUGUUCAGUCAAAGUAAAACGGGGCAGUUUGGGAAUGCUGUUGGAGCUGAAAGAUGUUGGAUUGCAGUUGGCCAGGCCAUGAGGUCGUGCAGUGGAAUAAAUACCAAACAUUAAACCUAAAGAAUUCCUAUCAGUUUGCAAAAGUGGUGUGAGUAAAUGAUUUGCUUCUUGAUUUGUUCAGCUGAGCACACGUGGAUCUGUUGUUGGAAGGGAGAAAGCUGUAUACACUUCAAGUUUCUCACCUCCAAUGAAUUCAGGUUUGAAUCCAAAAGAAAGUGAUGGAUACGUGGAGAGAAGAGCUUCACAAAAUACUGAGUUUUCUGCUUUAUUUUUGGCCAUGGCUUUCAUUUGUCUCAAAUUUCAGAGCUUUUGAGGCUGACGCUUUUUGUAUUCAGUAUCUUUGGAUUUAAAAAUUGCAUUUCUUUGCUGCAGGUUAGAAGUGUUAGAAUGAAGGAACUUGGGAGGUCAGCUGAAGUACAGGAGAGUUGGCACAAAAAUACAAAGCUCGUUAGUCUUUUGGAUGGGUUCAUUGGAAGCCACACGACCUUACUUGGAUCCCUUUGGAAUGAAGGAAUCGUUCUCCUCUCCUUCAGAUCAUGCCCUCAGAUUCUAUGGAACAGCUUCCUGUGGUUAGGAGUUAAUUUUCCCAUGUUGUUUGAUAACUGCUCUGCUUUUAUGAUUAGGAAAAAGCACGCAGGAUGAUUGAUGUGUUAGGAUUACAGGAAACGUGUCGCUGUGUGACCCUAGCAUGGCUGGGAUAUCAAAAUGCUGUCUCUUGCUCUUGGUAAAAUACACCACAUCGAUUUUUCCAUGGCAUUCCUCACCCAUUUGCUCUGGCAGAGCUUGCUGUGCUCCAGCUGCUCUGGCUGACACACCUGAUGUUGGCAUGAAGUUCUGGGAUGAUGUGAAUUAACACCUGCUAACGCUGCUCCACUCUUUGCAGACACUUGGGAAAGGCUGCAGCUGAAAGGAGCAGCACUGACAAAUGGUGCCCAAACUCCAUUGCCAAACUGCUGCUUCCAACAGCACUUCUGAUGGCUGAGAUAAUUCGUUUCAACACGAGCGCUCAGUCCUAAGGCUGGUGGUUCUCAGUGAGAAAUGGCUGCUUGGUAAGUCCUUUCCCUCCUCUCAAACCUCAUGCUUUCAAAGUGUGCAAUGUAAGGCGAUAGGAAGUCAUGAAACACUAAAUUAAUGAGCAAGCUAAGCUUAUGAGUCACCGUUUUCCCUAUAAUGUACCUUAAGGUGGUCUUGCAGGACGUGUAUGUGCGUGGCUUAAGUGAGGUGUGGAAACCAAUGCUUGUUGAACUUUAAAUCAAAACUGUGAUUACCAGAUUUUAUUUUUGUAUGAUUUAGAGAAAGCCAGGAGACCUUCAGCAUUGGCUUUAUACAGAUUUUAAUUGAUUUGUGUCUAGUUUGUUGGGUUUUUAUAAAUCUAAAGUUCUAUUUCUGUACAUAAUGAAGCUAUUCAGAACUAAUCUGUAAAUUGUAAUAAAGAUAUUUGCAGGAUAA